AUGCCCGACAUGCGGCAAGCUAUGAGCUUUUCCCGUGGCGCCAUUCUUUUCUUGACCAUUAUAUCACUUUUAUUUUGCUUUGACAGUGUGGAGUCAUCGACGCCAUCGCGGUCAUUGACAGAUAGACUCACCAGAAUUCAAGCACCAGUAGAAUCCCUUCGCUGGGCUAUUCUAUUGGAUCUAACCCGCACAGCUCUGAUUUCAGAGGCGAUUUCCAGUGCUGUUGAAAAAUACUCAUCCGAAAUCGCGAAUGGCUCAAAGGACUCCCUUUUUGCUAGAAGACCUACUAUUCUCGAUAGCAAUGGCAGUUCUGCCACUGCGCUUUCCAAGGUUUACGAUCUCAUCUCCGACGGCAGCAAACUGCCAGAUGUUCUUUUUCUUGCGGAGACGACUGAAGUGUCCUUUUUGACGUUGAAUAUCCUUCGCUCUAGCGAAGCGGCCGCUAAAAUUCUGGUUAUUCUGAUUGGCGCUUCCAAUGAAAUUCUGUGUAAUCCAAUCCUAAAUCCCCGGCUGGUUUGCAUAGUGCCUCAGGACUUAACUAACUUUCGGGGUGUCAUGGAGGUAGCAUCGACUUCGCUUGGGUGGGAAUCAGUGGCGGUCAUUUCCGACAGUUCCAGAUACGGCAUAAACUUUCAAAAAAUCGCAUCAACACAGUUGCAGGGGGUGAGCGAUGCCCCAACCAUAGUUGGCGAGGCGUUCAUGAACUCCGCCAGUUUGGAAGCGGAGGAUGACGCAUUACUAGCGAAAUUGAUUCUGCACAAACCCAAAGGUAUCGCAUGCUUUGUUGAUGAAAAACAAUUGGAACGCUUGCAAAAGGCGAUACAGCGUGCCAAUCUGGACGUCUUUUUGUUGGGCAACUAUGAGGCUCUUGGCGCACUCAGGCAGAUGAAUGGUACUUAUCAACGAUAUGUCAAGCCGUAUGGUGCACUCUUCGUUUCGACAUACGAGACAGCGGAAAGACUCGUUGCCAAUGGUUAUUUCCAGCAAGAUAGUGUGGACGAGUACGGUGCCUACAUAAUGAGUCACCUUUUUGAUGGAAUGCGCAUGAUCACUGAGGCCACGGGUAUAGGCAACAUGAGCGCUCUUCACGCGGUUCGCUUUGUGGGCUUCACGGGUAUUGUCGCCUUCUCCCCGCUCCGUAGCGAGCGUGUGGAGACAAGUUUUUCUAUCAUCCUAGAUCAUUAUCGGAUGCCGAACCCGCUCGUAACGUGGGAAUCGGGAAACUGCACUUCGAAGCCCAUAGUUAAAAAUUAUGACCCGAUUAUCACGGCUGCACUCAUCCCAAGCUCGCCACUGCGCUCCGCUGUGAUCUGCCUGGCCGUUCCCCCGACCUGCGCGGACUCUAAAUUGAUGUCUGCAAUGUUGUUUGUGCUUCUGCUGCACAAUAAGGAAAUUUAUGAGAACGCAAAAAUAGUUCCAUUUUUGCCUGUUGCAUUCAACACUGGCCUCGAUGGUAUUGCCGGGCUGUCGACGCUAUCUGCUACAGGGAUCGGUCGCGCAUGUACGGUGCUGGUAGGUCCUGGACAUAACGCUAUCGCCGAAGCCCUCACACCAGUACUCAACAGUUACCAAAUCCCGCAGUUGGAUUACGCCAUCACGGACGACCUUUUGACGUCGGAUAACUUUGUUUAUCCGUUUUUUUCCCGCACAGCCCCACCUAACACCUUAAAUUACUUUGCCUAUUCUGGCACGUGCAAGUAUUUUGGCUGGGAGCGUGUUAUCAUCCUGUCGACUGCGGAUAAUAUUGGGAGUUCUCGAGCAAAGACCAUGUUAAGCUCGAUGGAAAGCCAGAACAUAUACGUAGAGAAGACAUUUCUCUUGCAGAACAGCAGUGAAGCCUCCAUCGUUGAGGCCCUAAACGUGAUCUAUGAGAAGCACAUUAGCCGAAUUAUACUAGUUAUGCUUUCUCUUUACGAUGAAAAUGCAGAAAUGUUUUUCAACCUAAUUGAUAAGCUACCCUUUAUGAAUAAGUACGUCUUUUUUCUUAGCAGUGAUCUGUGUCUGCAUGGUGCUGCCUUUCCUGAGCAGCGAAAUAAGCUUCAGAGCUCAAUUUGUCUGUCACCCUAUGUGCCGGCGGACCGUCUCAAAGAGCUCGACACGAAGGUCAAAACGAAUCCAGUUAUUUUCGAAGACGUCAAAAAUAUUUUACGCAAUGCUAAUUUGAUAUUACAGGCAAAAACCUGCUCCAUAAUGGAUAUACCAAGCUUCACCGGAUUCGCCGUUGAUGCUGCGUACGUCCUCAUUGACGCCGUUGAGCGGGCGUUAGCUGCAAACAUCUCACUCAAAACUAGAAAUCAUCUCCUUCCGCUUAUCCGUCGGACCUCCAUUAAUAAUUUCACAGAGGAUUGUACAAUUAACAACAGAGGGGAUCGUAAUUUUGCAGUGUACGAGGUGAAUAUUCAAAUCCCUGACUCUGUUCUUGGCAUUGGUGUAUGGAACACAAGGAACAAGCAACCCUUUUCCCGGACUUAUUCGUCAAGCUUUAUUUGGAUGACCAAUAGUACAUCCAUCCCCCUCGACACAUUCCGAGACUAUUCGUUCAUUUUAGACAACACCAUGUCAGCCUCAUCGGGUACGAUUUUGCUCUGUGCGUUAGGCUUCUUAAUUACUUUUGGACUGUUUUUCUUUUGCUAUCAACACUAUCGAGUGCAAACACAGAUUGAGAUGGCCUUACUAAGCAACAAUGUGCCUAUUACCGAGGAGGAACUACGCCGUUUGAAAGGAAUUCAGGAAGACAUUUAA